UCACGUGACGGGAUUUUGCCGGAAUUACCUACCUACCGGCUUCCGGGAAGAUUUUCCGUCCGUCCGGCUUUGCGGACUCAAGGAGAGAAAGGACAAACUGUUCCUCAGUGUACCCACACUUGGGACCUAAAAAGAUUCAUAAAUAUUUGCAUACAGGUCCACAUCUGCCUCCCCAUGCAGAACCCCAUGAAAUGAAUAAAGCACCACAGCCUAUUACAGGACCCCCCUCCACCCCCCACCCUGCCCCCUCCCCCGGUCUCUCACAGCCCUCAUUCCCCCCUGGGCAGCCCCCUUCUGUUGUGUUUGCCACCUCAACACCUCCACAAAUGAACCCAACACCACAACCCCGACAGUUUGCCCCAGGGCCCCGACCUAUACACCAACAGGGAAGCUUCAGGUCACUGCAGCCCUACUACGCCAACAGGGCCACCUUGCCUCCGAGCAGCGGCCCUCGUGGUGUCCCUCCAAGCAACGCCCCUCGCCCCGUGACACCUACCCAUGUCUACCAGCCGGGCCCUGGCUCCCAAAUGAUGAUGAUCCCUGGGCAACAGUUGCCCUUCCCUAGCUCACCACAGGCACCUGCCUACUUUAUACAAGGACCUGGGCAGUACCGGUCAGCAACGUAUGUGCCCACCCCCCAGCAAUAUCCAGUCCCAGCUGGCACCCCAGGCUUCUACCCAGGCACCAGCCCCGCUGAAUAUGGUACUUAUGCAGGGGCCUACUACCCCGCCCAGCCUCAGUUCACCCCGUCGGUGCAGGCGGCACCCGUCAUUAUGAACCCUGCGCCACAACAGCAGCAACCACCGCCUCAGCCUCCUCAACACAUCCCCACCAAGCGAGAACGCAAACAGAUCAGAAUAAGAGACCCUAACCAAGGGGGUCGAGACAUUACAGAGGAGAUUAUGUCAGGGGGCCGAAGUGGCUCCACUCCAACCCCACCACAGUCAGCCAUAUCUGGAUCAGAAAGUACAGCAGUGCCCCAGGCCAACGGUGAGAGUGUCACAGCUGCUGCCACAACAGCACUGGUUCGACCAGAUGACAGAGGAAAACCUACAUCUCUUCCUCCAUCAAAGACCCCUGAACUUGUUAGAAGUGAACCCAUCUCCACAGAGGCUAUUCCUACUGACAAAAACACUAAGCCUCCGGAACCCCCCCUAUCAGAAGCAGAGGACCCCCCUCACAACACUGUUUCCAACCUUCCGACCAGUUCUCCAGUUGCAGAUGUGAUGGAUGCUCCCCCACCUCCAAGGGAACCGUCUCCAUCCCCCAAACAAGCUCCUGAGGUGCCUGCCUACCCCGCACCCCUCCCCGACCCUGUCCCAACCUCCACGGCACUCGACGAAGCACACACAUCAGAAGCAGAGGAAGACCAAGAAAUGGAGGUAGAGGUGGAGAUGAAAGCAGAGGAGGCAGCCACUAUUUUGGAUGUACAUGCUGAUUCUUCCUCUGCAUCUAACGGUAUGACAGUGGUUACGUUGGAAAAACUGUCCCUAUUGUUGCCAUCCAGUCACCUGGAUGCACCGCUAGAGUCUCCGAUUGCACAGCCUGAGGAGCUCCGCCUUCCAAACGGUUUGCCGCUGCCAGACCCCCAGGACCCAGAGGCCCCUGCCACAAGCACAGCUGAGCGGGAUGACAGCCCCAUAGCUGAGCCUGAUGUGAGCGAGGAACCGGUCACGCAGACCUUCACCGAGGUUACACAAGCGGUGCCUGCUCCUGUUGUCCAAGCCACACCUGCACCUGUUGACCAUCCUGCACCUCCACCCUCUGUCCAAGAGAUUGCCACCAAACCAGUCAUUCAAGCAGCAUCUGCUGAGCCUGAGGUACAAGACAUUGUUCCUCCAGAUGCCCUGGAUGUCAAAGAAGAUGCCCCAGUGCCCAAGUCCACUGCCAAAGAAGAUACGCCAUCUCCUGCAGUUUCUAUAGAUGAAAGCACCACAGAAGCAGUGGCCGCUCCUCCCCCUCCCACAGCAGAGGAGCGGGAGGACACCCCUCCUCCCCCUUCUCAGACAGUUGCUCCUGCCCCUGUAGAAACUACUAUGCAAGCUGCUGUGUCUGUGCCAAAGAAAAAGAGGAAGAUGAAGGAUCUGAACAAAAAGGAGGCAGUGGGAGACCUUUUGGAUGCCUUUAAAGAGGAAGAGGUAGUACCUGAGCCAGAGCCGGCCCCUCCCCCAGCGCCAGAAAUCCAGCCGCCUGCUGCAUCCCCUCCUAGCCCAGAGGAAGCAGACCUGACCUGGGAGGACAAGGAGGACAAGCUGGAUGCUGAGAACAUUCAGCCAGAUUCUCCCAGCCCAAAUGCCACAGACAUGAAGUAUCAGUAUAAAGAGGAGCAGUGGAAACCAAUUAAUCCAGAAGAGAAAAAGAAAUAUGACCGGGAGUUCCUACUGGGCUUCCAGUUCAUCUCUGCCAGCAUGAACAAGCCUGAGGGUCUACCAGCUAUCAGUGAUGUUGUCCUGGACAAGGCUAAUAAGACCCCUCUUCGUCAACUGGACCCCAGUCGUCUACCAGGGAUGAACUGCGGUCCUGAUUUCACACCCUCCUUUGCUAACCUUGGUAGGCCUGGCAUGGGAGGAGGAGGCAGAGGACCACCUCCAGGUAUGGGCAUUGGAGUUAGUGGCCCUCGGCGCUCCCAACAGAUCCAGAGGAAAGAGCCCCGGAAAAUCAUCACCAGCAUGUCGCUCAGUGAUGAUGUGCAGUUGAACAAGGCGGAGAAGGCUUGGAAACCGUCGGUGAAAAAGCCUGCCCAACCACGUACCCGGGGUGCAGAAGAGGUUGAGGAGAGUGAUGCGGAACAGUUGAAAACCCAGGAUCUCUUCAAGCGUGUUCGCAGCAUCCUAAACAAGCUGACUCCCCAAAAGUUUCAACAGCUAAUGAAACAGGUCAUGGAGCUGACUAUUGACACUGAGGAGAGGUUGAAAGGAGUCAUAGACCUCACCUUUGAGAAGGCCAUCUCUGAGCCAGACUUUUCGGUGGCCUAUGCCAACAUGUGCCGCUGCCUUAUUGGGCUUAAAGUCCAAACCCAAGAUAAGCCGGGACCUGCUGUGAAUUUCCGCAAGCUGCUACUAAAUCGAUGCCAGAAGGAAUUUGAAAAGGAUAAAGAUGAUGACGAGAUCUUUGAGAAAAAGCAGAAAGAGCUAGAAGCAGCAGCAGGGGAGGAGGAGAAACAGCGACUCCGUGAGGAGCUGGAAGACGCUAAAGACAAGGCCAGGAGGCGCUCCCUGGGCAACAUCAAGUUUAUCGGUGAGCUGUUCAAGCUUAAAAUGCUCACCGAGGUCAUCAUGCAUGACUGCAUCGUAAAGUUGCUCAAAAACCAUGACGAGGAAUCCCUGGAGUGCCUGUGUAGACUGUUGUCCACCAUCGGCAAGGAUCUAGACUUUGAAAAAGCCAAGCCUCGUAUGGACCAGUACUUUAAUCAGAUGGAGAAGAUAAUAAAGGAGAGGAAGACCACCUCCAGGAUCCGCUUCAUGUUGCAGGAUGUGCUGGAUCUUCGACGGAACAACUGGGUGCCGCGGCGAGGCGACCAGGGCCCCAAAACCAUCGACCAGAUCCACAAAGAGGCAGAGCUGGAGGAGCACAGGGAGCACAUGAAGGUACAGCAUGCCCUAAUCAACAAAAAGGAGUCAAGUGGAGGCCCAGGAGGCAGGAUGGGUGGAGGAGGUCCAGGAGGACGUGGGGGGCCACACACAGCGGGUCGCGGUGCUCCUCCCCAGGAUGAGGGCUGGAACACCGUGCCCAUCUCCAAGAACCGACCCAUUGACACGUCUCGCCUUAGCAAAAUCACUAAGACUCCUGUUCCUGACUUCAACAUUCAGUUGCUUGCCCCUGGAGGUAAAGGCACAUGGGGGAGCUGGGGUAAGGGCAGUAGUGGUGGCACCACUGCUAAACCUGCAGAUCCUGGCUCAGAGUCAGGAAACCGUCCGGCCACUCUGAACAGGUACUCAGCUCUUCAGCAGCCUUCAUCCUCUGCCUCGGAUUCAGACAGACGGGUUCUGCAAAGAAAUAGUUCAAGUAAAGAGCGCGGCGAUCGAUUUGACCGCUCGGAUCGUGGCGGCGACCGCUUCGACCGACGGGACGAGCGCGAUCGAAACCGGCUGCAGGUCACUAAACGCAGCUUCAGUCGAGAGAACGAGGAGCGGAGCCGGGAACGGGAGCAGCGCGGGCAAACGGAUCCGGUCCGCCGGGUAGCGAGCAUGACGGACGACAGGGACAGAGGAAGCAGAGACAGAGCUAGGAGCAAAGACAGUGUGAAGCGAGAGACGGCUGCCACACCUCCACCCCUUCAGACCUUCACCAAACCUGCCUUGACAGAGGAAGAGUUGGACAAGAAGUCCACAGCCAUCAUUGAGGAGUACCUCCACAUCAACGACAUGAAGGAGGCCUUGCAGUGCGUGCAGGAGAUGAACAGCACUCAGCUGCUCUUUGUUUUCGUACGAAACGGGCUGGAGUCGACACUGGAGCGCAGCACCAUCGCCAGAGAGCACAUGGGCCUGCUGCUGCAUCAGCUCCUGAAAACCGGCAUCCUCCCAACACAGCAGUACUACAAAGGGCUUCAGGGGAUCCUGGAGGUGGCUGAGGACAUGGCGAUAGACAUCCCCCACAUCUGGCAGUACCUGGCAGAACUUAUCACUCCCAUGCUGCACGAGGGAGGAAUCCCCAUGGGAGAGCUCUUCAGGGAGAUGUCUAAACCUUUGAUCCCUCUGGGCAAAGCUGGGCUGCUGCUCGCCCACGUUCUCAUUUUACUCUGCAAAGGAAUGAGCCAUAAAAAGGCCGGCACUAUGUGGAGGGAUGCAGGCCUCCAGUGGAAAGAUUUUCUUCCUAAGGAUGUUGACGUCAACAAGUUUGUGACCGAAAAGAAUGUGGAGUUCACACUGGGUGAGGAGUCGGAGAAGAGCAAGAAGAAGGAGCUGAGCUCUGCAGAGCUGACCAAACAUCUGGACAGACUAAUACAGGACAAGGCUGACAUUCAGAACAUCUUUGACUGGAUUGAGGCAAACCUGGAUGAGCAGCAGAGCUCAUCCAACAUGUUCGUCAGAGCUCUGAUGACCUCCAUUUGCCAGUCAGCAAUCAUCUGUGACAACCCCUACAAGGUGGACGGUGAGCAGAUCAAACAAAGGGCCAAGGUGCUGCAGAAAUUCCUUAAGGACGAGCAGAAGGAGCUGCAGGCUCUCUACGCCCUGCAGGCGCUGAUGGUGCAGAUGGAGCAACCUGCGAAUCUGCUGCGGAUGUUCUUCGACACGCUCUAUGACGAGGAUGUGAUCAAGGAGGAGGCCUUCUACAAGUGGGAGUCCAGCAAAGACCCGGCCGAGCAGCAGGGCAAGGGCGUGGCCCUCAAGUCCGUCACCGCCUUUUUCACCUGGCUGCGCGAGGCUGAGGACGAGUCCGACAACAGCUAGGACCCUGUCGGAGGCUGGGACAACUCGUGGCUCAGGCCAACGUUGUGUGGAGGAUUCACUCGGGCCUGAAUCAGAAAAAAUCCCUUCUGCAUAAACAGAAAAAAAAUCAAGAAAAAAAUUCUUCAACUGGGAGAGAUUGUAUUAUGGAUCGAACAUUCGAUCAUGUUAUUUCUUCAUUUCGGUUUCGUUUUUCCUUGCGCAAUUGAAUGUCUUUUUUUGAAAUAAAUGAGAAAAGAGAAUUAAAUACAGAGCAUAGAUAUCAGAGAGGGAAUGCUGAAGUUCCAAGCCGUGGGAGACAACGCUGUUUCUUUCAGUAUUUUUUGAGGUUUUUCUCAGAAUGGCUUCUCCUCGCCACGGCAACACUAUUCAAGACAAUUUGCUUAAUGACAGCUAUAAAAAAAUAACUUUAAAAGGCAGUUCACAUCUAUAUUUUUGAUGACUUCAUCUUUAAUCAUCCGGACACAGCAGAGCAACAUUGUCAUGUCGCAUGUACGGUGUUUGAUCUACAUGACGCUCAUAUGUAGACGACUAGAUUUUGUUUCAUUUCUCCAGCGCUGAAUGAUUGGAGUGUGUUUUAUAAAAAAAUAUGGAAAACUAAAAAGAAACAGCUGUCUGACGGACAUUUCAGACAGAAGUUACAGUACCUGUUGUGGAUUCCUGAGGAUUUCACACCGACCCACGAGGACGGUGUCACUGAGGAGAGGGACAGUGAACAUUGACCAUUUUUGCUGCUGCGGUGGGAUCACGCUUUCCUGACGCCCCUCAACCCCACCACCAACCACAAUGUGUCUGUUUUACCAGUUCCCCGCGCUUCAACACACAAACUGUGGACCGCAGAAUGAGGGAGAAGAGCGAGGGCUCGUGGCUGCACCCUCCUACAAAAGCCUGUAGUCGGAUUUUAAAAAAGAGAAAUCGUGAAACUUAGAAGUAUACAGACAAAAAUCCACUUUAAUGAAAAUAAAACACUUAAAGAUAAUUAAAGUUUAACAGUACAAAACCUAAGGCCUUUUCUGCUUCCAUGAGUGGAAAUGCAUUUCAGGAGAGUUCUGUAAAUAUAUGAUGGAGGAUUAUUAUUAUUAUUAUUAUUAUUAACUUUUUUUUUCUUCAAAGAAAAGGAUGCUAUCGUAAGCCCCCUCCACCCCUGAAACGAAGUGGCAGUUUCCCCUGUAUUUAUAUUUUCUCUCCUCAGCUGGCAGAAGGUGCUUAUGAUUAUCCAACCCGAUUCAUUGAUUACAAUUUAAUUGAAAAUGUGUACAUAUUUUUUGCUUUACUUUAUUAAAAAGAUAUUUAAUUAAGAA